ACAGGCAUGACUUGUAGUCUUCACAGGCUCUAGAUUUGUUCUGAUGAUUAUGUGUUCAUGCCCCUUGUCUGCUAUAAAUUCCUGAAUCUCUUGUAAGCAUUUUCCUUUAGCUGACUUCCUCAUAGAGCAUAUCUUCCCGUGCGGUGUUGUUUAAAGGCAAGAGCGCACUAUACAGCCAAAUAUCUCAUUCUCAUCAGAGCGCUGAAUUUUACACACUGUGUGAAUCGGGGGAUGACAAUGAAACGCUUCUUGUUUUUGGCUGUUGCUUCUGGCUUCCUGCCUGUUUUGAUUGUACAAGCAAAACCAGCUCAAGUUCCAUAUAAAACACUCCUUACAGAAUUGGCCACAGUCCAGGAAGAAAUAGUUACUGUACAUAACACUUUCAGGAGAGGAGUAUCUCCACCGGCCAGCAACAUGCUGAAAAUGAACUGGAGCGAAGAAGCUGCACAAAAUGCCAGAAUGUUGUCAAAGGAUUGUGAAUUCGUAGAGAGCAAUGCGCUUAAGAGGAGAAUUACAAGUAGGUAUAUGGUGCACUUUUCUGCUCCAAAGUCCUCAGGGAUGGUUAAGUCACCUGGUACGGAUACUUUUUGUGGAGAAAAUAGGUAUUUGACAACUGAUCCAGUCUCAUGGUCAAAUGUCAUCAGAAUCUGGUACAGUGAGUUCAAAUAUUUCAAGUAUGGGGAAUGGACGUUAACAGACGAUGAUGUAACAGUUGAGCAUUACACUCAGAUUGUUUGGGCUACUUCUUACCUCAUUGGCUGUGGCCUAGCGUCAUGUGGUAAAGGAAAGUCAGCUCAUUAUCUCUACAUCUGUCACUAUUGUCAUGAGGGAAAUGAUCCUAACAAAAAGAAUGAACCUUAUCGUAGGGGAACUCCAUGUGGAGACUGCCCAGACUACUGUGAAGAUAAACUUUGUACGAACCCCUGCCUCUACUAUGAUGAGUACAGCAACUGUAAGGCACAAACACGAGGUCCUGGAUGCAGCCACGUGUCAGUCCAACAGCUCUGCAAAGCUAGCUGUCUGUGUCACACCGAAAUAAAAUAGCCUUUGGUAUCUGCAACGGUUGACAUGAUUCAUCCAACUGAAGAAUGGAUUCAGUAACCUGGGCUGCAAGACAGUCUUCCUCUGCUUUCUCUGCUUUUCCAGGCCUCCUACUGCCCUGACGGUUGCCUUCGCCACACAAUUUACAUGCACAAAUAAUUCUGCAUUUCUUUAUUUCGAUCUGAAACCAACCAAUAAAAUUAUCCACCAAGCAAA